AUGUCGGGCUCCAAGACUAACAAGUUUUUCAACUACUUGGCGAACAAGAUCGCACCUCCUGGUUACGACCCAGGGCAGUUGUAUGCAGGAGCCGGCUACCCUUACGCAGCACCGCAGUAUGCUGCUCCUGCUUUUGAUCCGACUCAGAUUAUGAGCAGUCUAGGUGCCCAGUAUACUGGCGCCACUGCGACGGGUAAUUCGCGACAGCAUAAUGGCAACCACAUUCAAGGUGAUGACUACCGGACUCAUGCCAGUGACCAGGCUCAGCUGUACAACGGGAAUGUGUACUAUGCCAACACAUACCAUCACUACUAUCAACACGAAGCCGCAGCAGCAGCUCGCGAACAGCAGACCAGCAGUGCACCUCCCGCUCCAAGCACCGCUCCCCCAGCAUCUGGUCAGCGCCCACGACCUGAUCUACCGCCCCGCCAAGAAGGCGUAGCAAGCGCACCACCACCUCAACCUCAGGCCGCAACUCAGGACUAUUCCAGAGUCUUCCACUGUGCAUCCUGCGACAGCUGCGGCAAAUCCUACCUCCGAGGGAUCCGUUGGAAAUGCCUCUCCUGCCCCGACCACGACGUCUGCGCCGACUGCAAGACCCAAGGCACCGACGAAGGCCACUCCUUCCGCCAGCUCCCAUCCGCCGCAGAGCCUCCCCUGCGCCUCGCCUCACUGGGAACAUACGCUGCUCAAGGGAGUCAAUUCGGGAUCCUGUCCGCGCUAAACAAUAACACCAUGUAUGAGAUGUGUGACCUGCCACGUCUGGACCCUUUAGUAAUCGGUGCACGGAACGGCCACUUUCAAGUCUGUCAGACGUUGAUGGAGAAGAUUGGAGCCUCGUAUCCGCCGCAGUGUAUUUCAGCGGCGAUUAAUGCGGCGAAGACGGCGCCGGGGUAUAUGGGGAAUCUGUUGGCGAUAUAUUUGGAGUCUCAGGCGACUGCUAAUGAGCAGAAGAAGACUCAAGGGGCGGGGCUUUAUGGCUUUUAG